AUGCCCCAACAGAUGAGUAAAGGAAAAGAAACAUUCCCACCAUACAAGGUAAAAUCAAUAGAGCUUGCAGAGAUCGGAGAAGAAGCAAUUCUCUUUGCAAAAAACGAAAUGCCAGGAAUCCGGCAUCUUUCUGAAAAAUACAGGGAGGAAAAGCCGCUAUCCGGUGCAAGAAUCUCAGGAUGCCUCCACAUGACUGUCCAGACAGCUGCUAUGAUUGAGCUUCUUGUAGAAAUGGGCGCCGAGGUUGCGUGGUGCUCUUCAAAUAUUCUAAGCACAGAGGACAAAGCAGCAGCUGCUCUGGCUAAGAGAGGACUAAGCAUAUAUGCUUGGAAAGGAGAAACCGAUGAGGAGUACAUGUGGUGCAUUCGGGCAGUCCUUUCAAAAUGGGAGAACGGGCCAAAUUUGAUAAUUGAUGAUGGCGGUGACCUUACUAAUCUUCUUCACAAGGAGUACGCACACCUGCUUCCAGGAAUUAUUGGACAGACAGAGCAAACCACAACAGGAACUCACAUUCUUGAAAAAAUGCAUGAAAGCGGAGUUCUUAGAAUACCUGCGAUCUGCAUUAAUGAAAGUGUUAUGAAGAGCAAGUUUGAUAAUAUAUACGGGUGCCGAGAGUCACUGACUGAUGGCAUAAAGCGGGCAACUGAUGCAAUGAUUGCAGGAAAAAGAGUGCAUGUAUGCGGAUUUGGUGAUGUUGGAAAGGGCUGUGCACAGGCAAUGGCUAAAAUGGGCGCAGUAGUGACUGUUUCAGAAAUAGACCCAAUAUGUGCCAUGCAGGCAACAAUGGAGGGAUACCAAGUGCGAAGAGUAGAUCAGGUUGCGCCAGAGAUAGACAUUUGGGUGACUGCUACAGGAAACAGAGACAUCAUAAUGUCUGAAGACAUUCUUCGCAUGAAAAACAUGGCAGUACUUUCAAACAUUGGGCAUUUUAAUGUAGAAAUUGAUGCUGAGUGGAUAUAUAAGAAUGCUGUGAAAAAAGUACCCAUAGGAAACAAUGCAGAACGAAUUGUCCUUCCAAACAACAAGUCAGUUAUUUUACUGGCUGAGGGGAGGCUUGUUAAUCUUGGAUGUGCAACAGGCCAUUCUAGCUUUGUUAUGAGUACUAGCUUCUCCUGCCAGACACUUGCUGUCCUGCGGCUCUGGAGAGAGUUUAAGCCCAGUAGCGAAAAUAGAGGAGCAGUUCUUUUCUUAACAAGAGAAGAAGACGAGGAAAUAGCACGUAUGCACUUAGAAGGAAUGGGCCAUUCUCUCACCACGCUGACACCAGUGCAGGCAGACUAUCUGAAUGUCCCCGUAACAGGUCCAUACAAAAAUGACAAGUAUAAGUACUAAUAUGCCACACAUGGAAAUACAUCUAGAUUAAAGUACUUGCUGUUGAGUAUUAAUAUGAC